CGCUUUUACAUAUCAAAACACAAUAUCUCAAUAAUGACACGUUAAUGUACGGUAGUUCAAAUGUUGUAGAAACACGAAUGAUGCGUAUGAAGGUAGAUAAAGAGAUCUUUGCCGUCUUAAAAAGUUGUUUACUUGCAGUAGCAUCUGCUGGAUAGCUUGCAAGCUACACGAAUUUGAGUUUUAUUUUUAAAAACAAUACCUUUCAUUAUUAUUUACUGUCACUUUAGGUAAUUAGUAAGUAUUCUGUAGUUAUAAUUGUAAACAUCCAUGUGGUCAGAUUUGUUGUACUGUGUUUGCUGUGACAUUGAGGCUGAUCUGGGCUGAAGGGGACAUUAUUAUUAUUAGUACGUGCGGCUGCCAGGUUGUUGAUCUGAUUUUGUGCUUCAUGAGAUCUUUCAUGUCUCCGAUUACAAAUCUACCUGACAUCUUUUGGUAGACGUACCAUUAACAUAUUUACAUUGAGAAAGACUGGAUCAUAAUAUUGAAUUAAAUAGAUGAAGUCAGUGUAACUUAAAUAAGAACUCACCCCACAACGUUAGAAUCAUAUGAUUACAUUCUAUAGCUUUAAUAUGAGUUAAAUGCACUCAUUAAUUUAUGCCUCUAUUCUGUACACAUUCAAAGCAAAAGUGUAUGUGGGAUUUACAUUGUAUUUGAAGUGAGUUAAGUCCUUUUCACUAGAAAUAUUUGGUUGGUGACAGCCUUCAGCGUACUGCUUCAAUGAAAUCAGAUAUUGUUGGUUGUUGGGAAUCGGCGAGCCUCCAGAUGUAGUUGAAGGAGCGUCACGUUGCCCCCACUGGUCCACAAACCCCCCCCACUGCAUGGCUUCACUUGCUGGUGUCUCACACCGCGUCUCCAUAUCCCCAGUCCUGCACACCCUCAUGCUGGGGUCUCAGGCCUCUCACAGACUGACCAAUGACUGCCUGGAUUGUUCUGCCUGUCAGCCUGUCCGCUUUCUCCAUCACAGGGAUAUGGAUUGUUUACGCCAUGGCAGUAAUGAACCACCAUGUUUGCCCUGUUGAGAACUGGUCAUACAAUUUGACAUGUACAGAGGAAACGGCUAAGAGGGGCUUCCCAAAAACCUGCUGUACUCUUCAAGACAUCCCCCUCAUCAGUAAAUGUGGAUGCUAUCCACCAGAGAGCUGUCUCUUCAGUUUGAUUGGCAAUGUUGGGGCUUUUAUGGUGGUUAUGGUAUGCAUGCUGCGUUAUGCUCAAGUGAUUGAACACAGCCAUCACUGCUGGACCAACACAAGUGCUUUGGUGUCCGGCUGCAUUAAUGCCCUGGGUUUGGUCAUGGUGGGCAACUUUCAGGUCGAUCAUGCCAAGACUCUUCAUUAUGUGGGAGCAGGUGUAGCUUUCCCUGCCGGCUUGCUGUUUGUGUGUCUGCAGUGUGUUCUAACGUACCGUAUAGCAGAGACAGCGCUGGACUACUGGAUGGCUCAUGUGCGUGUGGCUCUCUCAGCUGGAGCUCUGGUAUCGCUUGUCCUCAGUGGUAUCUUCUUCGUCCAUGAAAGUUUUGUAUUGCAGCAUGCCGCAGCCAUCUGUGAAUGGGUCUUCACUGUCUUGGUCCUGGUGUACUACGGCACCUUCACCUAUGAGUUUGGCACUGUCAACAGCGAUACCAUGAUGGCGGCCUUAAUGAAGCGCAGUCAACAUCACCAUCCAGGGUCAGCGGUCAUCAUGGGGGGUAUCGGGAAGGGUGUUGCAAUGGGAUGUGGUGCCCGCAGUCUUAAGUCCCCCGGAGGCAGCAGCACUUCCACACACCUCAACUGUACACCAGAAAGCAUCGCCAUGCUUUAGGGGUUAACCGCUACAGUAUUCUCUCAGACCUCAGCGCAUAGACUCAGAACUCUUCAUCUGGUUCACGGAUUUGUGAAAAACUGGUUCAAGCAAUACAGAAUUACUUGUGAGGUUACAGCAAGUUUACAGACUUGCUGUUCAUAAUCUAACAGUAAUGACCAGUAAGUCAUAACUAAGGUAUUUUGCAUGAUAUUUUGCGUUCAUGUGUAAGAUAACUCAAAGUACAGCCCCAAUAACCAGCACAGACAAUUCAUUCACAUGAUUCAUGGGGCUUCUGACAGAAAUGUUUUAAUUUUACUAUGUUAAAACUGCAAUAACCCAUCCCUAAAGGCACAUUCACACUGACGGUGAGUAAAUUGUUUAGGGUCAACAAGUGGAUUGUUGGUUGCUAGAAGGUUUUCUAAAUCAGGAAAUCCUAUAGAGUGCUGCAGGGAUGAUGGAUGAUGUAGGCCUGGAAACUCGGAGUUAGCAUUUUAACACUUCUGGUUCCAUCACCCCAAAUCAGUGGGUUUUUGGUUAAAUGCCUGAAAUAAGAUAUGUGGUGAACACAAGCUCAAGAUAUUUUAUGUUACAACAUAAAAUACAUCUGUAAUACCCCCUUGUGAUUAUUUUUUUAAAAGGCUAGUUCACCUAAAAAUGAAAAUUCUGGCAUUAAUUACUUACGUAUGUAAGACCUCGGUUCAUCUUCGGAACAUAAAUUAAGAUAUUUUUGAUGAAUUCUGAGAGCUCUCUGACCCUGCAUAGACAGCUAGGUUACUACCAUGGUCAAGGUCCAGAAACGUUGCAAGGACAUCGUUAAAAUAUCAGGGGUUCAACCAUAAUUUUCCGAAGCUACGAGAUUACUUUUUGUGCGCAAAGAAAAUAAAAAUAAAGACUUUAUAAAACAAUUUGUCUCCUCCGUGUCACCCACCAACUCAUGCUGUUCUGUGUCAGCUGCGCCACGUGGAUACGUUGUCUACGUUGUUUACGCUUUGAUCUGAACGUAAACAACGUAUCCGCGUGGCGCAGCUGACACAGAACGGCGUACGUUGUGAUACUCUCCAAAAUGGCACUACAGGGUGACGGGGAAGAGAUGAAUCGUUGAAUAAAGUCAUUGUUUUUGUUUUCUUUGCACACAAAAUUCUCGUGUAGCUUCGUAAAAUUGCAUCCACUGAUGUCAUGUGGAUUAUUUUAACGAUGACCUUGUUACUCACAUGAGGGUGAGUAAUUAAUGGCAGAAUUUUCAUUUUUGGGGGGAACUAGCCCUUUAAGUUUUAAAGUUACCUGUUUUAAAAUAGGUUGCUAAAAGGUCAGGAAUGUUAAACGUCAUCAAGCCAAACAGGAAAUCUCAUCUACUCAUUAGUCCGCUUUUACAGCUUCAUUGUGUUUAUAAUUACUCUCUUGAAAAUGAUUCUUACUCAAACUUUCAGGGAAAAUGUUGUUGUUUUUUUAAAUAAAGACUGAAAUGGAUUUUUCUUCUGAUUGCAGUAGGCUUUAGAAUUCAUAAAAUUUGUGUUCGUUUGUAAAGAUUAUCAUGAUGAACAAAACGUUUACCAAUUCUAAGCUUUGUUACUCACUGAGCAUAUUUUCUAAAGUAAUCCAAUGAAAGCUUAUGAAAAAAUACUAUUGGGUUUUUGUCGAGGAAACCAGGGUGAUGCUAACUUCCAGGCUGGCCUAGAAAAAUAUGUCAUCGCUGCAUUUCUCUAUUGGUAGUCGGUGCAUUGUGUCGCCACUCAAUUACAUAUAAAUGUGAAAAAUGAAUGUGAUUUGUCGUUAACACUCUGUCACUCAUGUUGCCCUAAAUCGCCAACUUCCAUUGCAAAUCAGUGACUUUGGUCACUUUGCCAGUGUGAAUCUGUUACAGAACUGCCAGCAAUACUAAGACACUCGUCUAGACAAAGAAGAUAAUUGGCUAAACCCAUCCAACCUUCCGUAACCCGUUUAAUCUGUAGAAACUGUGAUUACACAACAGGUCAAGAGCCAUCACUGUAGCAAUGAGGAUGUUAAGUCAGCUGCACCAGCCAUUGCUGCUAAUAGUUGGGUUGCAAUGAGGUUGAGGUUUAGUCACUUUACUUUAGUCAAAUAGCGAUACUUUUUAUUCAUACCUGAGAUGCAGGUGGUCCAUAUUUAUGUAUUCAUUCCAGGUGCUCACAGCUUAGUUUAAUCUUUUUAGUUUUGGCAUGACAUCAGGUGCUGUGGACCUUCUGUCCUAUAGCUCUACAUACAAUGUGGCUGUAUUGAAUAAGAUUGAAGAGCAUCUCUGAGCAACCUUUUGAACAUUGUGGUGCUUUUUGGUCAAAAACUGCCUGUAUCGAUCAGUUGCAUCCCAGGUAUCUUGCGAACAAAUUCCUAAUAUUUUAGGAUCACGAAACAAGAUUUUAUGUCCGUUAUUCUAUUGUUUUGUUUUAAGCACAGUUGUUUUUCUUUUCUUUUUCACAUUUAUAAAUAUAAGGUGCGAUUAAUCAGACUUUUUCUGGAGAUUAAUCUUGCUCUUGAUCCUUGUUGUAGAAACUAUGUGUGUGAUCAAUUGAAAAAGCAAAUAAGCUGUCUGUGCUUGGGUUUCUUAUUUUCCUUUGCUCGUAUUGUACCCAUGAGCAGUGACAAAGGGGGGAAAAAUUUUGUGUUUACUUGCAAAAAAGUCAUGCAUUUCCCCAAGAAACUAUAAUAAGAGAAGGGAAGGAAAAAUAUAUUUCAAAGCUUUUGCAAAUACAAAGUAUCUCUCAGGGGAACACAAGUUUUGCAAGUGAAUGCAUUGUGUUAACAGAUAAAUUUUUGCAUUUGCUUGCAAAACAUUAUAUAUAUAUAUAUAUAUAUAUAUAUAUGUAUGUAUGUGUGUUUAAUUUUUUGAGAGCAAGUGUAAAGUGUUACAGGGGAAAUGCAGUAAUUUUGCAAGUGGAGGCAAAAGAUUUGUGAGCAAACGCAAAGUUUCUCAGGGGAUCACAAAACUUGAGUGAGAGAAUGCAUUACAUUCCUACAAAAAAAAGUGUUUGUGCUCACCCAUGAAACUGCAUUUCAUUGCUUUUACAAGCAAAACUUUUUUUUUUUUGUUGUUGUUGUUGUCGUUGUGAGAAUGCAAAAGUAUUAAGAAAUGUUGCACGCAAAAACACUGAAAUUACAUGUUUCCUCAUAUUCUUUCCAUCUCAGGGGGAUGCAUAGAAACCCUGCUCAAGUUCUGGAUGUGAGAAAUAUAUCUGCACAAUUCACAGAAAAUGCUUUUUGCAGGCAACCUCGUAUAUAUAUAUAUAUAGAUAUUAGAUGGUGAAGCAAACAAUUGGUAGUUAAACUAAAUUAUAUUUUUCACUUUUUAGGUGGAUUUGGAGACGGUUUUGUGUAAUAAUGCAGACAUCUUGUUUAUUUCUCAAACAUGCUUAGUUUCUGUCACUUCAGUAUUCAGCAUUAAGAGAGAAUCAGAGGUCUUAUCCAUUUAUUUUUUAGUGCAUUAUUUAAAAUAUGUACUGUUUGUAAACGAUAUGCAUUGUUACGCAGAGCUGCUUGUAAAUGAAUGCCUUUAGCUGAGCAUAAUAUUGCAUUGAGUAUGAGUACUGCGAUGAGACUAGGGUCGAGUCAGUAAUAUCGAAAUGAAGAAUGCUUCCUAAUCAGCGUCGCACUAUUGUUAUAACCUCAGUUCCAACACGUCAUUUUGUAAUAUAUCGAAUACUCAAAACAAAUUUUCAGAAUAUAUUGGAAAUGACGUAGUGCACUACAGGGGAAGUAUGAGUAUUUUUUAUUUGGUGGACCCGAAAUGUGAAAUCCUCCAUAAUAAGCUGUAUUUUGAUUACACAGUAUUUUAGUUUUUAGAUAUUGCUCAUUUGGAAGCAAUGUUAUAUUGAGAAUUAUUAUAGAAACCAAUGAGAGUUGGUUAUGUGUUGUAUCUGUUCGUUUAUAAUUUAUUCUUUGUAAUGUCAGACGACGAAACCAUGCAAUAUUCAACUGUUCUGUUCGAGUACUUGCAAACAAGUAUACCUCUAUGAAAAUCCUACUGUGGUGAGAUGUUCAGAGUUUCCUAAAGGAGCUGCUAAGACGUAUGUUAUGUUGUUUCUGUUUUGUGUGAAAGGCCAAAAUCAAGCAUCUGUAGAUGUCCUGAUGUCUCAUGAAGCUCAGUCAAAUCAAUUAUAUGCUCCCGUUGAUUAUUCAUAUACAUCCAAUGAGACGAUCAGUGCAGCUGUUUGAAUAAGGCCCUGAUCACCUUUUAGGCUACAAUCGUUGAGUUACUUUUUGUUACUUGGAAAAUUCACAAAGUGAUAUCUGUCAAAAGGGAAAGAAUUUCUAAAAACAGUUUUGUUCAGUGGACAGAUUAUCUGAUAAACUUGUGAAAUGGAAACUGAAAUCCGACUUGUUACCGUUCAUACUGCAACUUUCUGUUGAAUUAUGAGCCAUUCUGCACGUUUCCUUAUCUUUCACAAGGGUUUUGUUUUGUGAAAUAAAAUGUACCUUAAUUUGA